AUGGGUUGGUUCGACGAUGACUCCCACGAGGCCCAGUCCUACGACCAGGUCGUGAACCGCCCUCACGAGGCCAAGUGGUCGCACGAGCUGCUCGGCGGUGCUGCUGCCUUCGAGGCUGCCAAGGCCUACGAGGACCACGUCUCAAGGAACGGCCAGCCCGCAGACCACGCCCGCGCAAAGGAGAUUCUCGCCGGUGUGAUUGGCGCAUUCGUCGACCGCGAGGUCGAGACAAGGGGGCUGGACUAUGUUGACAAGGAGAAGGCCAAGCGCCAUGCUCAGCAGCAGGCUGAGCAGCGACUCGCCAACCAGGGCCAGUGGUAA